CUCUGGGUUCACUGAAGACACCCUUAGCAACAACACACAGCUCGGUCAGAAUAAGAUACUCUCGCCACUCUCAAGGCGGAUUUAACAGCACUGACCUCAGCUGAAUCUUUACGCGCAGAAGGACCAUCCGCCUUUUUUUCUGCUGCGGACAUGGAGCUUGUGUGCGGCUCGCCUGAUUAUUUGACUAGCUUCCCCUGAAGAAGAGUGAAGCAGCUCUGAGCUAUCCCGAAAGAGGACGAAUCUCUGGGGUGGGGCGGUGGGGUGGGAGAGUGCUCAGCAUCGCUGUUUGCUAACAACCGAGUCAGCCAACCGGGACGGGAAUGGUGCUCUGGACCGACUUAUGGUCUUGUCAGAGAAAGGCGAGGGGUACGAGGGCCGAAUCAGCCAGCUGUGAUAUUCGGACUCAAACUGUUUUCAACGGAGGGAGAGGCUUCGGUCCGGACGGGUGUUUUUGUGGCUGCAUUGAGAGCUAGCUGGUCUGGCUAGCUGUGGGUAACGACCCCCACUGCCUGUUGAAGUCUUUUCAGACUGGAGCCGAGGCUGAAGUUAGCCAGAAGUAAAAAUACAGCAAUCUUUUGUUUUAAAAAACACCGGGAAUCACUGUUAAAGCCAGAAUAAAUACAUAAAGUAACCCCCUCGAAGAACAAAUUCGUGUUUAAACUAAAAGUUAAGUGGGGACUACUUUCAAACACUAAAACAAGACUUAUUGUGGAUGUUUUUUUUUUUAAUCUGGGUUUUUUUCCUCUAUGGAUGCUGGAAUCACGUUUUAAUUGCAAUUAUGAUGAUAAUAAGCAGAAAACCAGAAGGUCCGAUAGCAACAGCACGCCAUGGUGACGGCCUGUACGACUCCUACAUGAGAACAGACCACAUUCUGAAAGACGAAGCAGACACAAACAGCCCUUCUGGACUGCCCCCGAUGCCUAAACACACAGUUGUUGGUAACAAGGUUGUAAUGAGGGAUCAGGUGAACGUGCGAGGUGGCCAGCUGAAGGUCAAGUACCUGUAUGAAGACUCGACCAAUAACCGAAAAAUCAACGCGAUAACCACGGCUGUCAUUCAGAAUACUGGGAGCACUGGCCAAACGCCCACUAAACCUGCAGUCUCCAGUCUAUCCAAGGAACACAGUGUGGACAGCACUGAUUCCAGUAAGGGCUCCAGUGAAUCGUCUGGCUCACAAGGAGCUGGAAACAGUGGAAAACUGUGCAGCACACUCAGUCCUGAGCAGGCUCUGAGACUCUACCGGUCCCAGCUCACCACCCUGGAGCACACAGAGAUCCACUCCUACCCAGAAGUCUACUAUGUGGGACCUAACGCAAGGAAAAGGCCCGUCGUUGCUGGAGGAAACAACAACUGCGGCUACGACGAUGAGCAGGGUGGUUACAUUCAUGUUCCUCAUGACCACCUGGCUUACCGAUACGAGUUCCUGAAGAUAAUCGGUAAGGGUAGCUUUGGACAGGUGGCUAAAGUUUACGACCACAAACUGCAGCAGCACCUGGCUCUGAAAAUGGUACGCAACGAGAAGCGCUUUCACCGGCAAGCGCAGGAGGAGAUCCGCAUCUUGGAGCACCUGCGCAAGCAGGACCGCAACGGCGCCAUGAACGUGGUGCACAUGCUGGAAAACUUUACCUUCCGCAACCACAUCUGCAUGACCUUUGAGCUGCUGAGCAUGAACCUAUAUGAGCUCAUCAAGCGCAACAAGUUUCAGGGCUUCAGCUUGCCUCUGGUCCGGAAGUUUGCACACUCCAUCCUGCAGUGCCUGGAGGCUCUGUACAGACACAGGAUCAUCCACUGUGACCUGAAACCUGAAAACAUCCUGCUCAAACAGCAGGGCCGUAGCGGCAUCAAGGUUAUUGAUUUUGGCUCCAGCUGCUUUGAACACCAGCGGGUUUACACCUACAUUCAGUCCCGCUUCUACCGAGCUCCAGAGGUGAUCCUCGGCUCGCGCUACGGCCUUCCCAUUGACAUGUGGAGCUUCGGCUGCAUACUGGCCGAGCUGCUGACGGGCUACCCAUUGUUUCCCGGCGAGGACGAGGGUGACCAGCUGGCCUGCGUCAUGGAGCUGCUCGGCAUGCCCCCGCAGAAGAUACUUGAGCAGGCCAAAAGAGCAAAGAACUUCAUCAAUUCCAAGGGUCACCCUCGCUACUGCGGAGUCAACACCCUUCCGACCGGCGCCACUGUGCUGACGGGGACCCGUUCCCGCCGCGGCAAGAUGAGAGGCCCUCCAGCCAGCAAGGAUUGGAGCGUUGUGCUCAAAGGCUGCGAGGACCCCACUUUUACUGACUUCAUAAAGAAGUGUUUGGACUGGGACCCCUCUUCCCGCCUCACGCCUAGCCAGGCCCUCAGGCACCCCUGGUUGUAUCGCCGGCUGCCCAAACCCCUCCCUGGGACUGAGAAAAGCCAAGGGGUGCCUGUGAAACGACUCCCCGAGCACCACAGCACCUCCUUUCCCUCCAUCCUGACCAAGGGGGGGCCAGGAUUAGGCACAACAGCUCCCAGCAACAAACUCAAGAGCAGCAUGAUUGGAGAUUCAGGGGAGGCCAUACCUCUUCGUACAGUCCUACCUAAACUUGUCUCAUAAUAGGAAGAGAGAGAGAAUCCUCUAACCUCCUCUCCUCCCCACAUUCUCCUUCUACCCACUCCUCAGGAGGAGUCUGAAAUGGAGAAAGUGGUUUUAAAACUUGUUUGGUUGUUCUUUUAUUUGUUUUUCUAAGGAGGUGUCGACACUCCAGUUUCUGGUUUUAAUAAUUAGCUAAACAAAGGAGAGCUCCUGAAACAAAAAAAAAAAAAAAGAAGAAUUACAUAGAGGUUUUUAUACAGAGGAUUUUCUUAAAUGGCUGUGAAUGUUUCAGUUUACAGCCAGUUGAAAAGGUUUGAUUUUUAGAUGAUGCUUCCUUGUGAGUGGACAGCUUUUAAUUUGUUAAAAGAGAAAAUGUUUUUAACUUCUGCUCGAUCUCACACGAGUGUUCUAGCAAAACGCACUCGGGCACACCUGCACUGUCACUUGGCUCGCUUCACACGGGACACUCGCCAUUUUUCAUUUGUUCUUUACACGUGAAAAACUUGAAAAGGGCUGUAGAGAUUACUCCUAUCAGGUUAGAGUUGGCUAGGAAGAAAGUGGAUAUUAGGCCAGUUUCAGUUGAUCGAAAAAAAAAAUGCAACUAAAAUAUGAAUCUGUGCUCACAACACAAACGUCUUUAGAGAGGGAAGACAGGAGGAUAAUUACAGAAGAAUACAACGCCGUGUAAAAUUAUUCACCCCGCCGGAAGGUUUAACAUUUUUGUCAUGUUGCAACCUCAACCUUGGGAUGAUGUUUUUACAACCUGAAUCUGCUUUAAGCUUCUCCACGUCUUUAUCCCUAACCUGUCUGGUUGGUUCCUUAGUCGUCGUGAUGCUGUUUGUUCAUUAGUGCUCUCCAGGAAAACUUCUCUUGCCUUCACAGAACAGCUGGAUUUCCACUGAGAUUGAAAUCUUUGCUGUUCUUCUAUGCAAAAUAAUCCCAAGGCUGGUUAGAAUAGUCACAUGAUCCAGUUGCAGCCUUCAAAGGGUUUUCUUCCUGUAUUCCCCUAUAUUUAGGCUGCAACCAUGAAGAGAAGCACUCCCGUACCAUGAUACUGCCACUACCAUGUUUCACACAUGUGUGUUAGAUUUAAGCCAGUAAGCCUAUUUACUCAGAUGAUUUCUGACCAUGCUUGGCUUUGCAAUGGAUUUAAUUUACGGGUAACCAAGUAAAUGCGGGCUGAAUAUAAAAAUGCAUGCCACAAUUUAAUUAUUAUUAUUAUUUUUUUUUUUAACCAAUUUUGAAGCCCAUGCAUCCUCUUGAGUUUGUGGUUGUAACAUGUUAAAAAUGUUCAGAAACGUAUGAAUAGUUUUCCGGGGCACCUUUCUUCCUGCCCUUCCUUUUGCCUUAAGGACAUCAGCCCAGUGUUUGACGUUACUUUAGCUGAGAGGUGCUGCAGUGGGAAACAUCAAGGAAAAGGGCACAGGGCAACAUAUUUACAGCUUCUCUUCCCAGUUUUCCCAUACUGGUGGAAAAAAAAAAAAGGGAGGGCAAAGAGGACAGUAGCACCACUCAGACUCUGUCACGCAGGUGUCAUCGUCACACCCGGCAUUUAACGACUGGUUUUAUGAGGGGUUGCGAUGUGAGGCCGGCUCCCAUAACCUGGUAAAUAUAGAGAGAGAACCAGAGCAGUGAACAUAAAAACAUGCAGGGCGAUUGUCAGGAAGGUUUGGAUGUUUGUCAACCUGUGACAGGCCGAUAUGUUUGUCGGUGCGAGGUGGGAAAUAUUGUGAGGUAGCACGAAGAGCAGAACGUUUCAAAUGAGCCCAGAUCUCCCCUUCUGUAGGCGGGGGGGUUGAAGUAAAAGACAGGCCAGUGAUAAAGUAGGAUUAUUAUGGUACUGAAGACUGAUGUGUUUCUCAGGGAGACAUACUUGAUGCAUCCUUUUCAUUUACUGUGCUCCACAUACACUACAGUCAUUUACCGCUGCAGUGGGUGAGCAUGCAUGCAGAUCUGUCCACAGAGAGCGAGAGACUUCAUUUAUCAUGUUUUUUUUUUUUUUUUUUUUUAAGAGUAGGGCGGGUUUGGUGCCUGCGCUUUAGCAUGACCCAGAUUCACCACCCCCCACCCCCGACAUCCAUCUCCUCUCUUCACUGUCUUAUAUAGGGCAGGGAACCUCUCUGGCACACACAGAUAGUGAACCGUGGUGCUGUCCGAACGCAGAAACCCAUCAGGUGCAUGUUGAUUAUGGACCACACCGUUUAAAGAGUUCUGUCUCUCAGCCCUCAUUUUCUAAGCGACUCUGUCAGGGAUUUGUACUACUCCUCCAUUUUUAUUAUUAUUUUUAUAGAAGUGGUUUAUAAUUGCUUUUCACAUGAGAAUACCAAGAGGAUGUAAAACCUGAAAGCAGAAAAAGGAGAAAGUCGUGCACUGACAUGUGCUAGAGCAGUGUGAGUUAGUCGCCAGAUGUUUGGUCUUCAGCAUGAAAUCACAACCUGUUAACAAGACUGAGUGACUAUGACCUGAAAAGAGAAAUGUACAGAAACCAAAUGAAGUUGUGAUAGUUUCUUUUUCUAUAAAAAAAUAAAAUUUACUGUUAAGUGA